AUGGACGCCCUUUUGAUGCUUCUUUGUUCUUACCGGUCCACGAAUGUCGCAUAUAAUCUGCAAUCGUCAAAUACAUUUGCUGAGAUUGUCGAUUAUGUUUGUUCGAAGUUUUCCGGACUCCUGCCGGGGAAUUUCCAGUUGUUCUAUAAGAUUCCCGGCUAUAACAACUUCUCCUUACAGAAUGAUGUCGAUCUGAAGAAUAUGGUUUGCCUUGCGCGCUCGUUCCAGUUGCAGUUAAUUGACGUGGUCAUUGAACAGCAUACUCGUCGGGAUGAUAACAUUCCUGCCAUUGACCCAAUGAUAAUCCAAGAUCAAGGCACAACGGGGGAUGCACUACGUAAUGAUUUCGGAAUGGAUGAUGAAACCGACCUGCUGCAAUCAUUUUGUCCCCACAAGGAGAAAGUCUUCCUUUCCGCUCCAUGGGCAAAAGGUUUUACCCACAUUGGACAACAUUUCGAAGGUGGGGCUUCUGAAUUUCGCAAUGUACUGCGGAAAUACGCCGUUGAAUGUGGGUUCCAGAUCAAAUUUCUGAAGAACGACUCCGUUCGGGUAACGACUAUAUGUGCUAUGAACGAAUCGAAGUGUUGCACGUGGUCUGUGCACGGACGGAAAUUGGAGGCAAACGGAUUUUUCUACUUACGAAAAUGGAACAGUGAACACAUUUGUGGCGUGGCUGUGCGUACGUCCACACACCCACUUGUUGGGUCUGAUCUUGUGGCCGACAUUGUAUCUGAACGUGUGCGUGAUAGACCUUUAACCCAUCCGACCGAAGUGAUAUUGGACUUGAAACAAGAUUACGGGCUCGAUAUAAGUUACCGGGUGGCCUGGCUCGGUGUUGAAAAAGCGAGGGGAGAAUUGUUCGGUGCGCAUUCCAUUUCGUUUGACCAGUUACGUUGGUAUAGCAACGCAGUAUUGGAACACAACCCCGGGACCUACAUUAACAUCGAAUACGAUGAUCACACCCAACAGUUCAGACGCUAUUUCAUUUCAUUCAAAGCAUGCAUCGACGGGUUCCACCAUUGCCGCCCUUUGCUUUUCCUAGACGCCACGUUCCUCAAAGGCCGCUUCAAAGGUUUUCUACUUGCGGCCACUGCAAAAGACGGCAACCAAGGUUAG